UUGUACUUCCUGUUAUACUUCCUGUUGUAUUCUCUGUUGUACUUCCUGUUGUAUGUUGUACUCCCUGGUGUACUCCCUGUUGUAUUCUCUGUUGUACUCUCUGUUGUACUCCCUGUUGUACUUCCUGUUGUAUUUGAAGGGGGGCUGUGCUACUGACCUCUACAGGCAUCCUCAGCUGGACAUGGACAUAGAUUCGGUGAAGGCCAUCUACGCUGACACGGCUGUCUCCGUCAGAGAGCAUGGGUCCAUUGACGAUGUGGACGUUGACAUGCUAAUCAAUGUCAGCUUCCUGGAUGAUGAAGUAGCCAGGGCCUGGAAGAUCAUCCCAACAGAGCCUAUUAUUGUCCGGCUGCGCUUCUCACUGUCCCAAUACCUGAAUGGACCAGCACCCUCUGUGGAGGUCUUCCAACCGUCUAACAGAGAAGGAUUCAGCCUGGGACUACAGCUGCAGAAGGUCAUCUCUAGCUUUGUGUCCCAGCAGUGGAAGUACCUGAGUAAUGAAACCCUCACGGCCCAACAGAAGACCAGACACACUUGGUUCACACCUGGAGGAACCAUCAAGAGGUUCAGGGCUGGACUCAGCAUCCUCUCGCCCAUGUCCAAGUCCAGUGGCCAAGAGCAUGUUCUGAAGGUGAAGAUGAUUGGACCGGAGCUGAAAGUGAAUCGCCUUAUGAAUCGGACAAUGGCUUACACCAUCAAGAACACCAGAGGAGAACUCCUCACGUACACAACUAAUGGCAAGAGGGUGGCGGUGUCUGCUGUCAAGUCUCCGGCUCACAUCACAACUAAACAGCUGGUUGAGCUGCUGUUCUCAUCCCAAGCCUUUAUUCAGUGCAAGUCAGCCCCCACCCUGCAACAUGGGUUCUUAGUACAGGUAAUGAAAUACGCAGAACAGAGAAUCCCCACUCUGAAUGAAUACUGUGUGGUCUGUGACGAACGACACAUCUUUCAAUACGCCUCUAUGUUGAAGCCUGCAGUGUGUAGCAGGGAACUGUGCGUGUUUUCUUUCUACACCUUGGGAGUGAUGGCAGGAGCUGCAGAGGAGGUGUCGAAUGGAGCAGAGGUAGUGGACUUGUUGGUAGCCAUGUGCCGGGCAGCUCUGGAGUCCUCCCGGAAGAGCAUCAUCUUCGAGCCAUACCCCUCUGUGGUCGACCCAUUCAACCCCAAGUCUCUGGCCUUCAGUCCCAAGAAGAAGAGCUACGAUCGACUGCAGAAAGCUCUGGACAGCAUCAUGACCAUCAGGGAGAUGACCCAGGGUCCGUAUUCAUCAAUCAAGAAACAGAUGGACACCAUAGAUCCUCUUGCUCACCCUCUGCUUCACUGGAUCACAUCAAGCAACAGAUCGCAUAUUGUCAAGCUCCCGCUGAACAGGCAACUGAAGUUCAUGCACACUCCACAUCAGUUCCUGUUGACCAGUAGCCCUCCUGCUAAAGAAGCACGCUUCCGGGUCGCUAGGAAACUAUAUGGCAGCACCUUCGCAUUCCAUGGUUCCCACAUAGAGAACUGGCAUUCUAUUCUGAGAAAUGGACUUGUCAACGCCUCAUGCACAAAACUGCAGCUGCAUGGUGCUGCGUACGGGAAGGGUAUCUACCUGAGUCCUGUCUCUAGCGUCUCAUAUGGAUACUCAGGAAUGGGUAAAGGACAGCACCACGUGACCACCAAACAGGAGCUGGGCAAACGUUACAACCGUAUCAACACCGUACAACAGGAAAGACGGGGCCAGUCCAGGUUUCUUCAGAGCAGGAAUUUAAACUGCAUUGCACUUUGUGAAGGUAUGAGAACGGCCAGGUGGGAGAUGCCGACAUCAACACCCAGGACAUAAGGAUUGAGCAAGAGAUAAUACGGGCGAUUGAGACUAAGCCUAUCUGAGGAGGACAUGUGAGACAGAGCUUUAAGUACAGUAUGGCUGGAGACAGCUAUAUGUACAGUAGAGCUCUGGCCAGGGAUACACAGCUAUAUGUAAAGUAUAGAUCUGGCAGGAGAUACACAGCUAUAUGUACAGUGUGGGUCUGGCUGGGGAUACACAGAUGGACCCAGGGAGGAUAGGGGACUCUUGCCAUUUAAACACUACUGAAACACUACUACAAUGCCGCAGAGCUGUGCUGCACUGGCCUGGUUACACAUGGACCACAUAGAUCAGGUAUCUGAAUAUCGUAUGGACCAAUGAGGUACUUUGAAUAUCGUAUAUGGUCCAAUGGGGAACUUGGAACAUCGUAUGGACCAACCCUGAAUAUCACAUGGACCAAUGGGGAACUCUGAAUAUCAUAUGAACCAAUGGGGAACUCUGAAUAUCAUAUGAAACGAUGGGGAACUUGGAAUAUCAUAUGGACCAAUGGGGAAUUUGGAAUAUCGUAUGGACCAAUGGGGAACUUGGAACAUCGUAUGGACCAAUGGGGAGACCUCAGAAUAUUGCAUGGACCAAUAGGGAGCUCCACACAGAAAGAAAGAAAGAAAGAAAGAAAGAAAGAAAGAAAGAAAGAAAGAAAGAAAGAAAGAAAGAAAGAAAGAAAGAAAUGUGUCCUUACAAAAGGCAGUCACACAACUUCACAUGGAGACCUGAUCACUAUUGACCUCCAAGGGAAUGUCAUAUUUCAUUGUCAUUAGAGGCAACAGGAUUUGCUAUGUGACAGAUGUGGAGGGAUUUUCCCUUAUGAAUAUUAUAAUGUGAUUAUAACACGAUUAGGCUUUGCACAUUGGUCAUCAUUGCAACUGCCUCUAAAAAAACAAAACAAUGGAUUUGACUUGCCUUUAAAACAUAUAUCACAAUACAGCGAACAGUGGUUUGUAUCAGAACAUGACUAUUCUCGUGCAAUACUUUUAUAAUCAUUUCUUAUGACCAUAUUUUUUGUAUUAAAAUUUGGCGGAUUGUUUAACCACUACUUGUUAAAUCAGUGAAAAUCCAUAUACACUACCCAGUCUCUCUAACCUACGGACUGAACCAUUUAAUCACUACUCGGACCCAGUCUCUCUAACCUACGGACUGAACCAUUUAAUCACUACUCAGACCCAGUCUCUCUAACCUACGGACUGAACCAUUUAAUCACUACUCAGACCCAGUCUCUCUAACCUACGGACUGAACCAUUUAAUCACUACUCAGACCCAGUCUCUCUAACCUACGGACUGAACCAUUUAAUCACUACUCAGACCCAGUCUCUCUAACCUACGGACUGAACCAUUUAAUCACUACUCAGACCCAGUCUCUCUAACCUACGGACUGAACCAUUUAAUCACUACUCAGACCCAGUCUCUCUAACCUACGGACUGAACCAU